AUGCGAUGGAAGCACACCCAUAUUCACACCAGCAUGCCGAACAAAGCACCCCGCCCCCAUAAUUUUACAUUGGGUACACAAGCUCUUAGUGUUUGUGUACACAGCUUAGCGCGAGAGCGACGCUAUCCUUUCGCAUCCAAUCGUCCACCUGCGUCGCUCUGUUAUCACCGACCUCGUCGCUCUCAACGAAGUACGCGUUCGACCACCCCGGUAUCGCUCGGGGCACUGAUAAUGCCAAAGUAG